AUGGCGGAACCCAUCAGCCUCGCGUCUGGACUACUUACGCUUGCCACCUUCGCCUUUCAGUCCAGCAUCACGCUCUACAACACGAUUCAGAGUUUCCAAAAUCACCCUGAACGUGUACGCAGUCUCGCAGCAGAGCUAGAAGCGCUACAAGGAGUUCUGCGCACUCUAAGCGAUACCCUCAGCAAAACUACUGAUAUUGACGUCUCUGCCCUCAGUCUACCACUGCUACGAUGCGGCAAGGCUUGCGGAGAGUUUGAAGAGGAACUUAGGAAAUGCUCAUCACGGUCGAGUAGCAGUCGGACGAGCUUUCGGGACUGGGCGAAGCUGAAGUACAUGGGUGACGGCAUCGACGACUUCAGGCAGCUACUGGCUGGAUACAAAUCUACCAUUAGUAUCGCGCUCACCGAUGCCAACCUUCGCAAAUCUUCCGUUACAGCCGAAAGCCUCCAAGGUUACAAACGCCUCAUCAAGACCGCGACCGAUGAUCUUGAAGCACGCCUCGAGAGUAUCGACGAGAAGCUCGAAACUAUUUUCACGCGCACCGCCACCGACUCAGAGACAGUGGAAUUGCGCCACAUGCAGGAAGAGCGGCUGAGCACACAACAAUGUCUCCAGAUCUGCGCUCAGCUAUCUGAGCACAUCAGUCAGAUCCAGCUGAGACCCACACAACGCAGCCUAGGUUCUUCUGCGGAGUCAGCUGGUGUUCCUGAAAGAAUAGCUGGCGAGGCCAUGCAGGAGUGCAAGAUGCGCCUGAACCAAGCAACUGCAAAGCUGGAGGGGUACAUGCACGACGUGAUCAACCGACUGAUGACACAAUCUAAGGCAAGCAUGGCGCAGGAUGAAAUUGCGAACCUAGAAAGCCUUCGCGAGGAAUGGUCGACCGCUCGCCAGUGCAUGGACAUCUGCUUCAAGGCAGAUUACAACUUGAAAGAGAAAAUAAGCAUCAUCGAGAAUCAAGCUACCGGAGAUGAGACUGUUCAGUUCCUGGUGUCAACCAGCGAGAAGACUAUACAUGGUAAAAAUAGAGGGGAUGGCUUUAGAAUCAGGCAAGUCGGAGGUCACCUUAGCGAUGAGUCGCUCCAACAGCUGUCACGGGAUAUUGCGGUGAUUAGCUCUGUGAGGGAUGAAGUUCUAUCUCGGGAAGGUGACACACUGCCUAGCACCGAUAGUGCUGUCGGAGAGGCAGACAAAUCAGACUUUCAGCAACGCCACGGCCGUGGCAUGAGGCUUGCAUCUAAGUCUAAUUCGGGUCCCAAGUCGUCAGAUGGCAGCGAGCUUGAAGGCUCGCAGAAGAAACCAAGCGCAGGAUUACGGGCCGCAUGA